CUCCUCUCCAACACCGUCAACCAAGACAACAUCCUAGGCGCCACCGGCACCGCUCUGGCCAAUACACCUCAGGCGUCGGCCAAAACCACCGACUCCCAAUUGGUUCUCAAGAGGCUUCAAUCGGAGUUGAUGGCGCUCAUGAUGUGUAGAGAUUCGGGGAUCUCUGCGUUUCCUGAAAGAGACAACAUAUUCUGCUGGAAGGGGACAAUCAAUGGAAGCAAGGAUACGGUUUUCGAAGGGACUCAGUUCAAUUUGUCGCUUUCGUUUCCGAAUGAUUAUCCAUUUCAGCCUCCCAAGGUCAAGUUUGAGACCUUCUGCUUUCAUCCCAAUGUUGAAGUUGUCAAGGGAGAUUGGCAAGUGAAGAAGAAGAAGAAGAAGAAAAAGAAGAUUGACAAGUGCAGAUAG